AUUUAAAAGCCCUUUUAGAACCGGGACAACCGGUUCUAAAAGGGCUUCUAAAUUUAACAACCGGUUCCCGCGAACCGUUGGGAACCGGCUCCCGCUAACCACCUAAUAUUGGGACCCUGUUUGGCACAAGGGACUAACGCACUGCCUGACCCAGCAGAACAUCGGACCGUUUUUUGUUUUGCUACAUGGAGCUGAUUGUGUGAGAGCACACUGGUUCCCCCCCGCCCCCCAUCCUUUUAAAGAUUUUUCCAAAAUGAAGAAAUUUAAUUUCCGCAAAGUUUUGGAUGGUUUAACUGCCUCAUCUCCUGGUGGCAGUAGCAGUGGUGGCAGUAGCAGUGGUGGUGGAAUUGGGGCUGGAAGUGGAUCCGUGCAUCCAGGAGGGACUGCAGGUGCUGCAGGGACACCCAGAGAUGAGAUCCAGGAAAUCCUAUCUUCGGAUUAUUUCCAGAUUUGUAAGACGGUUCGCCAUGGUUUUCCUUAUUUGCCCACUGCCUUAGCUUUUGACCCAGUUCAGAAAAUUCUGGCUGUGGGGACAAGAACAGGAGCCAUACGAAUACUGGGCAGACCUGGUGUUGAUUGCUACUGCCAACACGAAAGUGGUGCCGCGGUACUGCAGCUCCAGUUCUUAAUCAAUGAGGGUGCCUUGGUCAGUGCGAGUGCAGAUGACACGCUUCAUUUGUGGAACCUAAGACAGAAACGGCCGGCUAUUCUUCAUUCUCUGAAAUUUAACAGAGAACGGAUUACUUACUGCCAUCUACCUUUCCAAAGUAAAUGGCUCUACGUUGGAACAGAGAGGGGAAAUACACAUAUUGUAAAUAUUGAGUCCUUCAUUCUUUCUGGAUACGUUAUAAUGUGGAACAAGGCAAUAGAACUAUCCACAAAGACUCACCCUGGCCCAGUUGUACACUUAAGUGAUAGCCCAAGAGAUGAGGGAAAACUAUUAAUAGGCUAUGAAAAUGGGACGGUAGUACUCUGGGACUUGCGAUCAAAAAGAGCAGAUUUAAGAGUUUACUAUGAUGAGGCUAUUCAUUCUGUAGACUGGCAUCAUGAGGGGAAGCAGUUCAUGUGCAGUCACUCCGAUGGCAGCUUGACUCUGUGGAACUUGAAAAGUCCUAGCAGACCAUUUCAGAUAACAAUCCCACAUGGAAAAAUUCAAAGAGAUGGGAAAAAACCUGAGUCUUGUAAACCAAUUCUUAAAGUAGAGUACAAGACAUGUAAAAGCAGUGAACCAUUUAUAAUCUUUUCUGGUGGACUGUCCUAUGACAAAGCUUGUCGAAGACCAAGUCUAACCAUCAUGCAUGGAAAAGCUAUUACGGUGCUUGAAAUGGAUCACCCUAUAGUGGACUUUUUAACUCUUUGUGAAACACCAUAUCCAAAUGAAUUUCAAGAACCCUAUGCUGUAGUUGUACUAUUGGAAAAAGAUCUCAUUGUUGUUGACCUAACACAAAGCAAUUUUCCAAUCUUUGAAAAUCCUUAUCCCAUUGACAUUCAUGAGUCACCAGUUACCUGCACAGAAUAUUUUGCUGACUGUCCUCCAGAUUUGAUUCCCGUAUUGUAUUCUGUAGGAGCUAAACAUAAAAAGCAAGGAUACAGCAAUAAGGAAUGGCCAAUCAGUGGGGGAGCAUGGAACCUAGGAACACAGACAUAUCCUGAAAUUAUUAUUACAGGUCAUGCAGACGGAUCGAUAAAGUUUUGGGAUGCCUCUGCCAUAACUCUACAGAUGUUGUACAAGUUAAAAACCUCAAAAGUGUUUGAAAAACAGAAGCUAGGGGAAGGAAAACCAACAACUGAGAUUGUAGAAGAAGAUCCUUUUGCCAUUCAGAUGAUGUACUGGUGCCCUGAAAGCCGAAUAUUCUGUGUGGCGGGAGUCUCUGCAUAUGUUAUUGUUUACAGAUUCAGCAAACACGAAGUGAAUACUGAAAUAGUGUCAUUAGAGGUGCGACUUCAGUAUGACGUAGAAGAUAUCAUUACUCCUGAACCAGAAAUAAUUCCUCCGUUUCCUGAUGCCUCAUCCCAACUUCCUUCCUUAAAGAGCCUUUCAGGCAGUACCAACACUGUGGCAUGUGAAGGAACGAUGAAGGACAGUAUCCCAUGUCUUAGUGUUAAGACUCGACCUGUGCGAAUGCCUCCUGGGUACCAAGCAGAACUUGUUAUUCAGUUGGUAUGGGUGGAUGGUGAGCCUCCACAACAAAUCACCAGUCUGGCCAUAAACUCAGCCUAUGGACUAGUUGCAUUUGGGAACUGCAACGGUUUGGCUGUUGUGGAUUUUAUGCAGAAGACAGUAUUGCUGAGCAUGGGAACCAUUGACCUAUACGGAUCAAGUGAUCCAUACCAGCGUCAGCCCCGUUCUCCACGCAAAAACAAGCAGUUCUCUGCAGACAACUUUUGCAUGCGUGGCCUGUCUAACUUUUAUCCAGAUUUAACGAAACGGAUCCGUACUUCCUAUCAGAGCCUGACUGAACUCACUGACAGUCCAGUUUCCCUGGAGCUAGAGCGUUGCAAGUCUCCCACUUCAGUUAAAGGAUCAAGAAAAUUAAGUCUGCCAACAGAUCUUAAGACUGAUCUUGAUCAUGUAAACGGGCACUGUACAAGCCCAACCUCCCAAACUUGCAGCUCUGGAAAACGGCUCUCUAGCGCAGAUGUUACAAAAUCAAAUCGCCGAGGGCCUGGGAGGCCCCCAUUUAGAAAAGCACAGUCUGCGGCUUGCAUGGAGAUUUCCCUUCCAGUCACAACAGAAGUAGGUUACAUUUCCAGACGGGCAAUGCUUCAGCAAUUACAUGGAGUCAGUACAUUCUCACACGACGAGCGUCACUAUGCCGCUUACACAUGGAUGGACAAAGAAAACCGGGAAAACACCUUCAGCCGGUCCCGAAGCUCCAGUGUCUCCAGCAUCGACAAGGAGUCCAAGGAAGCAAUUACAGCUUUGUACUUUAUGGAGACCUUUUCACGGAAGAAUGACUCUACGGUCUCCCCCUGUCUGUGGGUUGGAACAGGCCUUGGUAUGGUCUUAAUCAUCUCCCUUAAUCUGCCUGCUACUGAGGAAUUAAGGCAGACAGAACCGGUCAUGGUGUCUCCAAGUGGUACAGUUCUGACACUGAAGGGAGCAGUGCUGACUUUUUCAUGCCUGGACUGCAUGGGAGCAUUGAUACAUUCACCCUAUGAAGUAUGGAGGGAUCCAAACAGCAUAGAUGAUAGUGAAAAAACGAGAAAAAGGAAACUUGUCAUGUAUUCUCCUUCGUCCUCCCAGGAUAUGGGAGAUCAUCAGUUUGCUGUCAUCUGCUCAGAAAAACAAGCCAAAGUGUUCUCACUGCCUUCCCAGACAUGCCUCUAUGUUCACAACAUCACAGAAACGUCCUUUCUAUUGCGAGCAGAUGUGGUGACCCUGUGUAACAGCAUCUGCCUGGCUUGCUUUUGUGCCAACGGGCAUAUCAUGACAAUGAGCUUGCCCAGCCUUCGCCCAAUGCUGGAUGUCAACUAUUUGCCAGUAACAGACAUGAGGAUAGCACGGACAUUUUGUUUCACCAAUGAAGGGCAAGCUUUGUAUCUCAGCUCUCCCACGGAGAUCCAGCGACUGACAUACAGCCAGGAGAUGUGUGACAAUCUACAGGACAUGCUUGGGGAUUUGUUUACCCCAGUGGAAACACCAGAAGCCCAGAACAGAGGCUUUCUCAAGGGGCUGUUUGGAGGAAGCGGGCAGACCUUUGACAGAGAAGAGCUGUUUGGCGAGGCUUCAGCAGGAAAAGCCUCUCGGAGUCUGGCUCAGCACAUCCCUGGCUCGGGUGGAAUCGAGGGUAUGAAAGGAGCUGCAGGAGGGGUAAUCGGAGACUUGGCUCGUGCGCGCCUCGCCCUUGAUGAGAGAGGACAGAGACUGGGAGAAUUGGAUGAAAAGACUGCAAGCAUGAUGGCUAGUGCAGAGGCAUUUUCCAAACAUGCACAUGAGUUGAUGCUGAAAUAUAAGGACAAGAAAUGGUACCAGUUUUAGACUUUUAAAGAAGCUGCUUGGCUUUGAUGAGAACACUAUUCAGGGAAGCGGAACUUAUUCCCAACACUACCAAUCACUGGCCAGAAACAAAACUUUCUCCUAGGAAAUGUUUUCCUGUUAUUUGUUUGGAUUCACAAGCGGGAAGUCAAGGAGAAGUUUUAUAUCCCACAAAACGGAGCCUAGACUUGUACUGGUCUUUUAGUCAAAAUACCUGGCUUAUGGUGUAGUACAUCUUUUUCCAAAAGCAACUGAACAGUCACAUUGGCAUGUAGCUUUUUUCAGAAGCUCUAGGAAUGAACUGUGGAGAGUGUCUCUGGUUAAAAAUAUCCUGUACAAACCUAGAAUGUUAAUGCACUUAUUAAAAAAAAAAUGAAUACAAUUUUGCAUGACCAAUUGACAUCUUAAAAAGAAAGCAUGUUGUGACCGAAGAAAAAGGGAUUGAUUUCUAUGCUGAGCAAAAAAUAUUUAAAAACAGCAAAAAUCUUUAUUUUUAAAAACAACCCUACAACCAGCCAGUACAUUUCAAGCGUGGGCGCUGCUGCUCUGGACAGAAAAAGGAGAUGAGCUGCAUUGUCUUAUUUGCUGCUAGUUCUUUUCCUUAUAAAAUCUUAGGUUGAACUCAUCAGUGCUAUUUAAUUCCUAUCCAAAGAAUAAACUAACAUCCAAAUCCAAUCCAAAUGCUUUCUUUAGUGUUUGUGAAGGAGCCAGUUGGGAUGUCACCUAAGUGAGAGUAGAGGGUGUCUUUACAACCCAAAGAGUGCAGGAAACACCUUCCAUAACUACUAAUUUUCUGAAAGCAUCCUUUGAGGGGGCUGUGAUAACAUUUGUCACCCCAGGAGUGUCUGAAUCACUUGGUUGCCUUGUUUUUUCAAUAUUAGAAGCUGAAGAGAAGGUGAGUCAGUAAUUUAUUGAAUUAAACUGAAGAAAGUAGAGGGCCCAGUGGAUCAAGCUGGUAAAUCCCCUCAAGUCAGUGACUUCAGCAGCUUGCAGGAAAGAGUUGCACUGAAGCGAUGCUAAGCAAAUUGCACAGUAACCCAAUUUAAAGCUGGUGGGCUGACGAUCACACCAGCAACAGGUUUGAGAUGCAAAGCCCAGCAGAUGUAAUUUUAUAUAGACCAGUUUCUCCACUGUCUUGCCUGGUGUAUUACCACUUACAACCUGUGCAAAACACUGCCACAGAGAUGAGUGAGUGGAGAAUUCAGGAGCACAUUAUAUCUACUUUGCACAAGUGUAAAUGCCCACACAAGGUGCAAGGUACUGGUGAAAUAGGCUGUUCAUAUCGGUAAAGCUGCUGCCAGACCUCAACUGCUGCCACGGGGCUUUAUGUGGUUUCCAUUAUGGGCUUUUAAUUUUCUUCAUUUUGCAGAUACUGUCAGAUUCUUUUCCACAACCGUUUAUCAUGAUGUAUUUGCCUGAACAGCAUUCACAUGCCAGAACAGUCAAUUUCCUUCCCCAGCUCAGUUUUACUCCUCUGCAUCAGCAUAAUUUCCAAAGUAACCAACUGUGAAGUCAGAUGGAUUCUAAAAUUGACUUGGGAACAAGGUGCCAAGGUCAUGUUUGCCAGCAAGUAUGCACAAGUACAAACUAGGGAGAGAAAGACGGAGACACUUUGUAUCAGGAGAAUUCACUUUGAAGGAAAAUGGUCUGAGAAAGUAGCUGCAGCUAGUGACUUCCCAAAUAGCCAUGUCCAUCAGAUUUGCUUUAACUUCCUACGUUUGUAUCAUGACAGUUUAAUGCACACUCUGGACCGCAAGACACUGCUCUGGAUUCUGCAUUUCCAUGGAAAGCACUGCUAACCCUCACUCAGUCGCUCUCUCAGCUAUUCCUUUCUCAUAUCUUCCCUGUUUUUAGUGGUGGGGUGGGUGCUCACUAGCAAAAACAUCUAUUGUAUAUUUAAUUUAGCUCAAUUUUAGAUAUAGGUUUUGGACUCAGAAGUCUGGCAUCACAAGCUGUGUGAAUUAAGGCUAUGGCACAAGUUUGAAGAGUCAUUAAGGUUACACUGUUAUGGCUCAAUAUGAAUUUUGUGCUAGUCAGAAUGUUUAAAUUUUGCUGCGGGCAAGGUUAAAAUGACAGCUUUGACUGUUGUAGUCCAGUUCUAAGCCUCUAAAAAGCCUUAUGGCUAAUCCAGCCCCUGUGUGAAUUGCAUGUUUACUCCACGUGUACUCUGGCCUAUAGUUAGUCUAAAUCACUAAUCUUGUGGGCACUUUAGCUUUACAAACACCUUAGAGAGGGUAUGUUCCCUAAUUUAGCUGCAAGUCUAGAGAAGGUAUUUAAAUGGUCACUGGAUUAGGCUCAGACCAAACAGGUAAAGAUUCAGGAGGGAAAUCCUGCUACCAGGCACAUGAGUUCGUUCUGUAACUUACUGCACCUGUUUCUAUACUAAUAUAACGGGUAUGAAAAGGAUAUUCCUGGUUCAAGUGUGAUGCCAUGUACACCUCCUCUACUGGCUACACUGGGAGUUUCCAUUGCAAUUCAAUGACAUGUUGCAGUAUCCAUAGAUGUAUCACACAUAACUGUGUGGAAAGC